GUUUAUGGGAGGCUGCGAAUUUAAAUUUAGAGGAUCUAGUGAUGAUUCAUGUAAAAUAAAAAAGAAUAUUUAUAGAAAUGACACUAAAUAAUUUUGAAUUAAUAUCAGUAGUUGGUUAAGGUGGAUUCGGUAAAGUCUAUAAAGCACGACUAAUAAAAACUCGCAAUUUAGUUGUAGCUCUAAAAGUUAUGUCAAAAGUUAGGUACUAAGUUAAAUAUAUCAAAGAGUAAUACAGAAAAAGAGUGUGAGUUCAGUUAUGAAUGAGUUAUAGAUUUUAUCAACCCUCAGACAUGAGUAAUUAUACUUAGAUAAUUCUAGAUUUAUAAUUAAUAUAAUCAGUGCCUUUUAAGAUCGUUGUUCAUUAUAUUUAGCUAUGGAUUUCUUGGCUGGAGGAGAUCUAAGGUUUCAUUUAUGCAAAUUUCGAAAAUUUUCAGAGGCAAUUACAAAGCAUAUUGCUAUUUGCAUAAUUAUUGGAUUAGACUAUAUACAUUCCAAUGGCAUAAUACAUCGAGAUAUCAAACCCGAAAACUUAGUAUUUGAUAGCUAAGGUUAUUUAAGAAUAACAGAUUUUGGUAUUGCCAGAAUAUGGAAACCAUAAAAUAGUCAUGAAACAAGCGGCACUCCUGGGUACAUGGCUCCAGAGGUAAUGUGCAGAUAAAACCAUGGAGUUGCUGUAGAUUACUUUGCCUUGGGGAUAAUAAUUCAUGAGUGUAUUGUACACUAUUAUUUCUAUUUUAGCUUGGAAAACGACCUUAUACUGGAAAGAGUAGACAAGAAAUUCGAGAUCAAAUUAUUGCCAAAUAAGCUGCUAUCACUGAAGUUCCUUAAGGGUGGAGUGUUGAGGCCAUAAGUUUUGCUAAUGCUUUAAUGCAAAGGAAACCACAAUCCAGAUUAGGAUGCAAUGGACCAGAAGAAGUUAAGAAUCAUCCAUGGUUCAAAAAUAUCAAGUGGACAGAUUACGAAAAGAAACACAUAGGUUCUCCUUUUAUUCCUGAUGAAAAAUUGGAGAAUUAUCUAAAAUCCAAUCAACUUGAGUCCCUUGAAGAUUAAUCAAUUCUCCAUUCUGAACAAGUGUAAUGUAAAUAAGUCAAAAAUCAUAGAACAAUUCUUUGGGUACGAACAUUUGCACCAACUCAAUGGAAUCCCUCUUUAUGUACCACCAAUAGUUUCUCCAAGAACUCCAAACUUAAGGAUGUAGCUUAAGAAAGAGUAAUGAUUUUAAUUUAAUUAUAC